UCGUGUUUGCCAAGACAAAUAGAGAACCAAACCAACGUGCACCUUUGUUGACCCCAAAAACGCUUUUCUAAAAAACAAGGCGACGUCGUUUCAUGCCUAACCAAACAAAGCUUUAAACCACUUGAUGUUAUUUAUCUCCUUUUGUUCUACAAAAAUCAUCAUCAUUGUAUUCUGUUUUUAUCAUCAGAUCUAUUCCGUUUCACUGAUUUUUCCAUUUUAAAUAUAAAAUAUUUCUUGAUUUGUAGUUCAUUUCGACAUUAUUGAUACUGUUUCUCAUAACCUCUGUUUCCUCGAAGCAUGAUUUUUUCAAGAAUUGGGCGUUCCCUAUCGCGCUCUUCUCGCGUUAGAAAUUUGUUGCAAGGUGAUGCAAGAUUGGGAACACUUUCUGGAAUUCCGCGAACAAAUGUUUAUUCAGAUGGAGUGGAAGGGGGAUUAGGGUUUUUCAGGGGUUACUUAUCUUCUGCUACAGCUCUCAAUAAUGGCUUCGUUUCUAAUUCGCCUUAUUUUAAAUCUGUUGUUGCAAACCCUAGGUUUCUUCGCUUGUUUUCUAGUGAAUCCCCAAAGAAGAAGAAUUAUGAAAAGUUUUAUCCUAAGGAAAAGAAAGAAGUUCCAAAGAACGAUAAAAAGAAUGAGUCUGAAGACGAGUCGAAGUCAAACACAGAUGAUCAAGGAGGUUUUCAAGAAGCUUUCAUGAAACAAUUUCAAAAUUUUCUCACCCCAUUAUUGGUGAUGGGGCUAUUUCUUUCAUCCUUUUCUUUUGGUUCUCGUGAGCAGCAGCAGAUUAGCUUUCAGGAGUUUAAAAAUAAGCUUUUGGAACCAGGAUUAGUAGACCAUAUUGUUGUCACAAACAAAUCGGUUGCUAAAAUAUAUGUAAGGACCUCCCCCAAGAAUCAAACAGACAGUGAAGUACUCCAAGGAACCCUUCCUGCAAAAGGAUCUGGUGGCCAAUAUAAGUAUUUUUUCAACAUUGGAAGUGUCGAGUCUUUUGAGGAGAAGUUAGAAGAAGCACAAGAUGCUCUAGGCGUUGACCCUCACGAUUUUGUACCUGUUACGUAUUCAUCUGAAAUGGUUUGGUACCAGGAGUUGUUGAGAUUUGCUCCAACUCUGUUGCUUUUGGGAUCUCUCUUCUACAUGGGAAGAAGAAUGCAAGGUGGACUUGGUGUUGGUGGCGGCGCCGGUGGUAAGGGUGGUCGAGGAAUAUUCAACAUAGGAAAAGCACAUAUUACUAAAGUAGACAAAAAUGCCAAAAACAAGGUCUAUUUUAAAGAUGUUGCUGGCUGUGAUGAGGCAAAGCAAGAAAUUAUGGAGUUUGUGCACUUCCUCAAGAACCCUAAGAAAUAUGAAGAGCUUGGUGCCAAAAUUCCAAAAGGUGCUCUCCUGGUUGGUUCCCCUGGCACAGGGAAAACCCUUUUAGCGAAGGCAACUGCAGGGGAAUCUGGUGUGCCAUUUCUUUCUAUGUCUGGUUCUGAUUUCAUAGAAAUGUUUGUUGGUGUUGGACCAUCUAGAGUGAGGAACUUGUUUCAGGAAGCAAGGCAGUGUGCUCCCAGUAUAGUAUUUAUUGAUGAGAUUGAUGCUAUUGGACGGGCAAGGGGUCGGGGAGGUUUCUCUGGUGGAAAUGAUGAGCGUGAAAGUACUUUAAAUCAAUUGUUGGUGGAGAUGGAUGGUUUUGGAACCACGGCUGGAGUUGUUGUGCUGGCAGGAACGAAUAGACCUGAUAUAUUAGACAAAGCCCUACUUAGGCCUGGGCGUUUUGACCGCCAGAUAACUAUUGAUAAACCUGAUAUCAAAGGUCGUGAACAGAUAUUUCAGAUUUACUUGAAAAAGAUCAAACUUGACCACGAGCCUUCAUAUUAUUCACAAAGGCUUGCAGCCCUUACUCCAGGAUUUGCUGGGGCAGACAUUGCUAAUGUUUGUAAUGAAGCUGCUUUGUUUGCUGCAAGGACUGAUGAAACUCAAGUCACAAUGGAUCAUUUUGAGGCAGCUAUUGAUAGGAUCAUUGGUGGUUUGGAGAAGAAAAACUUGGUAAUAAGUAAAGUGGAAAGGCGUACUGUUGCUUAUCAUGAAGCAGGCCAUGCUGUUGUAGGUUGGUUCUUGGAACACACUGAGCCAUUGUUGAAAGUAACUAUUGUUCCUCGUGGAACAGCAGCUCUUGGGUUUGCCCAGUAUCUUCCAAAUGAGAACCUUCUCAUGACAAAGGAGCAUCUUUUUGAUAGGACUUGCAUGACCCUUGGUGGUCGGGCUGCCGAGGAGAUUCUCAUUGGGACAAUCACAACUGGAGCACAAAAUGACUUGGAGAAAGUAACCAAGAUGACGUAUGACCAAGUAGCUGUCUACGGUUUCAGCGAUAAAGUGGGCCUUCUCUCUUUCCCUCAAAGAGAGGACUCAUAUGGGAUGGCCAAACCAUACAGCAGCAAAACUGGUGCAAUCAUCGAUACUGAAGUGCGAGAAUGGGUGAACAAAGCCUAUGAACACACCUUACAGCUUAUAGAGAAACACAAGGAGCAAGUAGCUCAAAUUGCAGAGUUGCUGCUCGAAAAAGAAGUACUUCACCAGGAUGACUUGCGUCAAGUCUUGGGUGAGCGACCCUUCAAAAAUGCUGAGCUCAGCAAUUAUGAUAGAUUUAAACUUGGGUUUCAAGAGGACGACAAGGAGGGUGGUGGGUCUUCUUCACCUCUAGAUCCUGAAGUUGUUCCAACAUAGUUGAGUGAAUUGUUGAAGAUAAUGAUGUGUCCCUUUCAAUUCAAUGCAUAGGAAAAAUAACAUGUGCAAGUUCACUGGUUGAUUGAUAGAAAUGGAACUAAGUGGUAUGUCAAUCCAUAUGAAUCGAACUUGAUUAUGCAUUUUAUUGUAUCUCAGUUUACAAUAUUUGAAUAUGAAUCGGCAUUUAUUGUAUUCAUAUGCUUUUAAAAAGUGAUGUUUUCAUAAUUUGUCUUA